AACAAUCAGAGCUGAAGAAAAUGUGAGAUCCCCUCCGCAGUCUCAUCAAGAAGAGGAUUAUGAGAUUUUGUAUUCUGAUUUGGAACCAGCAAUUGCUGAAGCUAGAUUUUCCAUGCCAUUGGUUGAUAUUGAUACUCCUGGUCCUGUAACUGACACCCAACAGCCAGAGAGAAGAUCACAUCGGAUGCCUGAAGAGUGUUUUGUUUCACCUGAGCGUACUCCACCUCCACCAUCUCCACCUCCUAUGAGUGAAAUUCUGGACGAAGCUUAUGAAUUGAUCAAGGAGACUGCUGGUGCUAGCAUCAUACCCAAUGUCACCACUUUCAGUGCAGUGCUGAAGAAAACACAUGCCACUAAGAAACGUGUAGCCUCUCUUUUCAACUCAUUGCUCAGUCUCCAUGCAGAAGGAAAAAUCAUUGUACAACAGCCAAUGGCAGGGGCAGAAAUUUUCAUUGAACUUUAAUCUUAAAUUUCAUCUUGUAUUUAAGUUUACGUUCUUGGCUCAAUUUUUUGCAAUAUCAUAAUUUUCCUGUUUUACAAUUUCUGUGAUUUCAUUUAUAUUUAACUUUUAUAUUUUAGUAUUUUUAUUGAUAUUUUUUAUUUAUAUUUUAUACUGCAUUUGUUUACUGCUGCAUUUUUCAUGUCAUUUUACAUAUUUGAUCUUUUUAAAAAAAUUUUUGUGAUACAUUAAUUUUAUAUUGAUGAAAAAUUUCAUCUUUUAUUGUCAUUGUACUCUACUGGGCGGCUUAUUUUUU